AAAGAAGUUUUGUUUUGAUCGUGCGCUAGGAACUUGUUUUUUAUUAAAUCUGAGUUUCGUUUGUAAGAAAUAGUUCCAGUGUAAGUGAAAAAAACUUGACCGUUCGUGCCUCUCCGGAGGAAUAUAGUCAUACGGUCAGACUCCGCUUUUUUUUUGCUGCUGCGAUUGCGCGUUUUUGUCGUGUUCGCGUAGUGUUUGGCGAUGCUGAACCAGCAGAAAUCACGUAGGAAAACCAGCGAACAAAUUGGACACUAAAUCCAGUCGUCCUCUGGAAGCUACCGUCGAUGUUCGAGGAUGAAUCCGGAUUCGGAGCACGGCAUCGGCGCUGGUACCGACUGCAUGGUCAUCUCCUUCGCUAUUGGACCUAUCCUGAUGAUGAAAAAUACAAGCCUCCGAUCGGAAGUAUUGAUUUGCAGAAGUGCUCAGAAAGUAACUAUUACACCCAGAUUGGUAUGCUUACGAUUGAACAAAUUGUUAUUAAAUUUCGGACGUCCACCACCGCCGGAUGAUGAUGAAUCGCUGGUGCUAGCAAAGCAAGGCAUUACUGCUAUUCAGCGGUAUUUGCUGUCAGCUGAUUGUGAGUAGUAUUAAGAUGAGUAUCUUAGUUAGUUAUUUGUUAAAAUUAUAAGUUCGAUGAGCAGGUGAAG